GGCGGCGAGUCCGGCCUGGGAAGGCUCGGCAGCGCUUCCCAGCUGAGGGGAACGCUGACGACUUCCCGGAAAAGAUGGCUGGGAUUGCCCAGGGCGGCCUCGGGCUCUUCUGGCCCCGAAAACAGCCCGUGUGACCGGAGGCGGUGGGCAGCGGGACCACGCCGUGUCGGGAGCAUUGAAACCCGGCGCAUAUUUAGGCCGCGUGGAUGAUUCAGCCUGCACACAGAAUCACUGAUUCGUCUGUAUUGGAAGGGACCUUUGGAGAUAUCCAGUCCAGCCCCCGCCCAGGCAGGGUCACCUAGAGCAGGUUACACAGGAACGUGUCCAGGUGGGUGUUGAAUGUGUCCAGGCAGGGACGCUCCACCGCCGUCCUGGGCAGCCUCCCCCGGCAGUACCCUCCCCCUCCUGCCGCCCCUCCGUGGCUGCGUUUCUUCAGAAGAACGGAACGUUCUUGUUCCCUUGUAUCGGUGUUUUGGAGAGCGAAAUCACCGAAGUGGAUGUUUAAAAACAUUGGCUGUUUUCAGAUCUUGGCUACUGAGAACUAGCCAUGCUUGCUGAGCGCUCCCUGGAAAAACGGAUAAAGCAGAGGACAUCUGACAGCUGGAGCAGCUCAGUACCUUCUCUGUCAUAAACGCAAGAGGAGGGCUAUGUUUCCAAAACAUCCUUUUUGUUGUCAAACCCAAAAUGCUCCAAGAAGAGCACAGUGCAGUCAGACUUCCAGGUCACUUUUCAGUCUUGGAUUCUGGGCUGCAAACAAUGUGUAGGGCCCCUUGGCUGCUUUGGAGUUCCCAGGAAUUCGGUUCUUUGUAAAGUAAGAUGUUAAACAAGUUUCUUAGUGAAGACCUAGGUAACUUCUCUUUGGAUACUGUUUUUCCAGAUGAUUGACAAAAGCUGGGAGAAGGUUUCCAUGUGUGCAUAGAAAGAGUGGAACAGGAUUAUCUUCUUCAAUCUGGUGCUUGUAAAAAGACAGAGAGAUGUGUGUGGUCUGCAGUAAUGUUUGAGGAAGCGUGACUAUGAAGGGUUUCUGUGUUCCCUGCUGCUGCCUGUGGAAUCUCGAACCUCUGCUUUUGCCUUGAGAGCAUUCAAUGUGGAACUGGCUCAGGCAGAUUAAAGACUCCAUAACUCAGAAGACGACGGGUUUGAUGCGGAUGCAGUUCUGGAGGGACGCUGUGGAGGACAUAUACAGUGAUAACCCGCCACAUCAGCCCGUUGCUACAGAGCUGUGGAGGGCUGUCAAGAGGCAUAACUUGACUAAAAUGUGGUUCAUGAAGAUCAUAGAUGAAAGAGAGAAGAAUUUGGAUGAUCGGCCGUACCGUAACAUCCAGGAGCUGGAAACAUACGCUGAGAACACUCAGAGUGCUCUCUUGUACCUCACCUUGGAAACACUGGGUGUGAGGGACAUCCAUGCUGACCAUGCAGCCAGUCACAUUGGGAAAGCACAAGGCAUAGUUACCUGUUUAAGAGCAACUCCUUAUCACUGUACAAGACAAAAGGUCUUUCUUCCCAUGGACAUUUGUAUGUUGCAUGGAGUUUCACAAGAGGAUUUCAUAAGAGGCAAGCAAGAGAAAAAUGUGAGAGAUGUAAUUUAUGACAUCGCCAGCCAGGCCCAUAUUCAUCUAGAACAUGCUAGAUCUUUCAGUAAGAAAGUUCCUGUGAAGGCGUAUCCUGCUUUUUUCUGUACGGUUGCUUUAGAUGGUUAUUUAUAUAACAUGCGGAAAGUGGACUUCAAUAUAUUUCAUCCAAGCUUACAAAAGAAGAGUACAUUAUUACCGUUGUAUUUGUAUAUUAGAUCUUGGAAAAAAACAUAUUAAAGUUUGGUUAUUUUAAUAUG